AUGGCAUCUUUAACAGCACAAGAUCAGAGGAUCCCUUACAGCCCCCACAUGAAUGGACCGUAUAGCAAUGGGCCAGUGCAGGGAGGGGGGUAUGUGAACAGCGGCAAUGGAAGAAACUUGACAUUCAGGAAGAGGUUUGAGAGGGUGGAUUGGAGGAGAGUUGCUGCCCUGGAUGUGGACAGAAUUUCAAGAGAACUGGACUUCACUGCCCUUCAGGAAAACAUCAUGAACAUCACAUUUUGUAACAUAGAGUCCGAGGUGGAUAUCCGUUUGAUAGAUGCCAAUUUCAUCAAGCUUUUCAAACUUGCCCAGCUAACAAUAGAGUACUUAUUGCAUUCACAAGAUUAUCUUUCUGAUUGUGUGGCAACUCUUGAAGAAAAACUGCGCAAAGCCGUAGAGGAACACGAUGAGACCAAAAAGGAGGUGGAGAAGCAGAAGAAGGAGCUGGUUGAGGUGAAGAAAGAAAGUCACAAGAGGAAGAAACUGCUGGCUGCCCAGCAACAGAUGCUGCAGUCAGGAGCAGGCAGCUAUAAUAAGUGCCCAUACUGUGUGAAGGCCUUCAUCAACCCCACCUUCCUCCAGUCUCACCUGUACAGGAAACACACUGAGCAGGUCAGCCAGUUUGGCCUGUCACAACCAGCACAAUCUCAACCACAGCAAUAUCUGUCUCAACAAACGCAAUCGUCACAAUUGGCUCAGCAGCAGAAUCUCACCAAUGGGGUGCUGGAGAGAGAACUUAGUGAGAUCAGAGAGAGGCUGAGACUGACUGAAUCUCAGCUUCAGGAGGAGAGAAAUGCUCUAAAAGGAUUCUCAAUGAAGGAGAAAGAAGAGUGGGAACAUAGAGAGAGGCAGCACCAGCAGGAGUUACAGUCUCUGAGAGAGGAGCUGGAGACUGACUACAAGAACAGGAUGGACAACAUGCAGGCAGAAUUCAUGGCUGAACUGAAAGCCACGCAUAAAGAGCUGGAGAAGUCGAGGCUGGAUGCUUCCCAGCGUAGCAAACCUUCCAAUCUUGGGACAAUGUACGAUGAGGAAGAGAUAGAAAAUCUGAGGAAGGAGUUACGAGAGAAUGAGGCAAAACGAGAGGAGGAGCUUGAACAGUUCAAAAAUAGGGACAGGCAGAGAGAAGAGAAGGCAGCAACGGAGAGGGCAGAAUAUGAAAGACAAUACAAAGAGAAGAUUAAACAGGUAAGGAAGGAAGGAGUGAAGGAGAAGAAAGUUGAAAAGCUGCGAGGACAGCUACGUGACGUAGAGACGGACCUGAGUCGAGAGCGGGAGUCCAAGGGCCAGGAUAUGAAUAGCUAUCAGAAAGAGAUCACAGAGCUUAGGAAUCAAUCCAGAGAGAUGAAGCAGGCCCAGAAGGAGAAGGACAGACUUCUCAAACAGAGAGAGAAGGAAAUCCAGAGACAGCAGCAGGAAAUAGAGCAGCUGGCCAGUAGACCUCCCACUGUGGCUCCCAGAAAGCCCCCAGCUGCAGAGCGUGCAGGGAGCCCGUCUAAGAGCUCCAAUAAGAGAGCACCUGUGCCACAGAUAAUGGAGACACCUGCCACUGAGGAGGAGGAAGAGGAUGAGACGGAGACAGAAGAGAGCUCAGAUCUGAAAGUGUCAGACUUGGGAGCCAGCAGUAAGGACACACUAGGUAGCACCAGUGGUGACCUCACUAUGACCGGCACCAGUCUGAAGCGGCUGAAGAGAGAGCUGGUGAAGAAUCCCGCCAUCUUGGGGCCGAUGAAAGAAGAGUUGAGACACCUGCUGGAUGAGGAGCUGGAAAAGAGAGGCAUAUCACCUAAUGCCCAAGGUAUUAGUAAUGCUCAGUAUAACAGCAAGAUGGGGAUGUUAAAAAAUGAAAGGCAGCAAAAAGCAAAGAAAUACCCCACUUUCUAUGACAUAAGGCAGCAAUAUAUCAACAAAGUUGAUGACAUGGCCAAAGAGAGGCUGAGAGGGGGAAGGAAAGGAGCCAGAUCUGGAGGCGACGAUGCCAGCCCCGUCAAGCGUCCAGCAGAGCCAGUCUAUGCCACACCAAUACCAAAGAAAAGCCGCGGAGGCGCUCAGUCCACACCGCAGAAACAACAAAAGCCGAGGCAUCAGACCAAUGUGAGCGGGAAGCAGCCCCCCAAACCAGCCCCCAGGACCCCCAGCCCCACCAAACCCUCCCUGAAUGCCUCCAAUACUCUGUCUUCCACUGGGUCCCAGCAGGCCGCUAGCAGCAAGUGGGACUCUGACGAAAUCUCAGAGGAUGAAGAGUCAGAGGAUGAAGAUGAGGACAUUAAGCCUAGUCAGAGGCCAAUAGGAGGUCAAGGUCAGGUCAAAGGUCAGCAAGUCCCUCCCCCUGAAGUGAUAGAUGAGGAUGAUGACUGGGACUCUGAUGAAAUCAGUGACCUGGAUGAGAUCAGCCCCAGCCAUGUGAGGGGGACACCGGCCAAGACAGGCAGCUCCCCAGCCAAGACAGGCCAAGCCCCACAGCCCAAGGGCAGUAUAGUGGCCAACCUAGCCAGGUCCAUAGAGUCACAGCUGUCUGGGCGUAAAGCAAAGAAGCCGGCCGGUGCUGUGGAUCUUAAUGUAAGUGGUGGUGGUGUCACUGGUGGUGGUGGCGGUGGUGGUAAUGAGCUAGAGGUACCCACAGCGCGAGAUGUCAGCAGUCCUGUAACGCCAGAUAUACCACAGGUGUGUUGGGUCAGGUUGACACUGCCUGAAUACAGACUAAUACAGAUGCAGGUUUAG